ACAAAGAUCCCGUCACCGCCCCGGUGAGAAGGAAGUUGUUCCUUGUUGAUGUCACACCAGCGCCGGCUCAGCCCGCUCAAAGGUUUCCAGCGGUGAAGGGGCUCCAGACUGGGUGACCCCCGGAACAACCUAUGAUUCACGUGCGGGGGCGGAGACUCCAGCUCGGCUUCACCGCCGGAGGAAGGACCGUCCGGGACUAGCAACUGCGACCGCGCGGAGGAGCAGCGCCAGAGCUCACUCGUCGACAACUCCCGUAUUUCUUCCUUUUUUAUUGGCUUCGACGAUGUUUACAAUGUGAAGAAGAUGUCCGGGACAAGCUCUGAUUGGGUGGAGAUCCUGGAACCGCGCUCUCGCGAGCGUAUGUAUGUGAAUUUGGCCACUGGCGAGUGCGGCUGGGAACCCCCUCUCGGCGCGCCAGUCCGCCAGGCAGACGGAAACCAGUGGUGGGAGCUGUUUGACCAACACAGCGGCCGAUUCUAUUACUACAAUUCUACAGGCCGGCGUACGGUCUGGCAUCGACCACAGGGAGCCGACAUCGUGCCCCUCUCCCAGCUUCAGGCUAUGAAGCGCUGCAGCGAGACCAGUCGGGCUGGAGUAGUCGUGGAUCGACACCACCAUGGGACCACAGGCAGUAUCAGCAGCAUGGGUAGCCAAGGCCCCUCAAGUCCACUCCCUGAGGAAGACAGAGACCCUCCAGUUCCCAGAAUGCUAGGAACUUCUGAGGAGGCUGGCAACCCAGAGCUGGACCCCGCAGUUGACAUGAGGUCACAGGGAGAUGGCAGCAGCACUGAUCACAGCACAGACGUCAGCAGAGAAUCUCAGAGGGAUGCUUCAGAAAGAUGGCAGCCUACACCGGGUUCGACGGCGGCCAUGUUGGUGAAGGUGAGCAGCACGAGUCGAGGCCCCGGCGUACCGGCAUCACAACCACAGCAGCACCUCCAGCACAGCCCCCAUCACAAAAGCAGCAUCAACUUCACACUGCAUCCAGCAGGCAAUAAAACUCCAGGAGGACACUCGAGCUCCCCGCAGGGAUAUAAAACCGCCCCCUCUGGCAAAAUGGCAAGCGAAACUCGCCAAAUUCAUCACCUGAGGAAAGCCAGUAAUGGCAGCUUUUGUUUGGUGACAGAGACGGGCCAUCCCAGUCCUCUUUUGCAUAGAUCCCAGACCAGCACACCUCGGCCUGUCUCCCCUCAGUAUGGCAGCACUGUCCCCAUCUACGAUGAGCCAGUUAAAGAGUGUCCCAUAUAUGAUGAGCCACCAAUGGACAUGGAGGUAGAGGGGGCCCAUUUGUACAAUGCAAAGCAUCAGUCGCGCCUGACACCCAAUCAAAGCCUUCAGAAGCCGAGAUUCCUGCCACAUCCGUCAACGUCGGCGCACCCUGCGUCCAGGCACAGGAGAACUCCUUCUGCCUCCGAUUAUAGUCCAGCUGGUCUGGAGUGCAUCAAACACAUGAUCAAUGUGGACCCAAAACAGUCUCUCUUAGCCAGUUCUCCUGUCCCCGCACGUUCCCCUUCCCCGAACUCCAGACAGGAUCGUGUUCUCACUCAGCCUCAGCCCCAGGCUCAUUCUUUGCCUCAAGCUCGAGGUCACCUGCGGGACAAAGAGUCGGGGACCCCCGGUCCCAGCACACUGGAAAAGAAGCAGAGCUGGCGUGUUCUGGAAGCCACUGUGCAACGAGCCAUGGAGGCUCGACACAGCAGACAGAGCAGCCAGGCCUCACAAGACUUUCCUGCGUCCACCCCGCAGGCUACUGCAAACUAUCAAGACUCGGGCUACUCCACUGGCCCCUCUCCAAGUCUCAGAAGGAAAAGCAGGAGACGAAUGGGAGCCAGUGGUGCUGGGGGCCGACCAGGGUCAGUAGGCAGCAGCGGUGAGCUUAAUGCCCUAAAUGAGCGAUUGAUGGCUGAGAUGAGGGAAGUGGUGAGUCGCUCUAAUACCAUGAGAGAAGUCAGAGUGGGAUUGGACCCUGAGAUCGGGGACAGGAGUUUAGGGUCUCGUACUCGCUCCCCUGAAUCUCACAGGUGGUAUGGUGGAGUGGCAGCAUCUGUGGGCAGAUGCCCAUCAAGAGAAGACCUCACUGGGGCGUCCCGGUCUGUUGGCAGACCCGGGACCUCUGCAUUGACCCCGCUGGAGAUACCGGGGAGACAAAAACGGACAUAUGAAAAGGUGGACACCCUGGACAUGAGCAUCAACAGUCAUACUAGCCUGUCGUCACCUGAGACCCCAGGACCGCCCUCCCAGGCCGGAACCCUGGAGAUCCAGGCUCAGCUGGACAGCAAAAAGAAAGGCAUGGUGGAUGGACGUACCGCUUCUCUUGGUCCUCACCGACCUGCCAUCCAUGAAAACAAAGAGGGAGGUAGUGUAGCAGGGGGGUCAGCCUACCAGCUCUCCUAUGCCACACUACGUCAACCCCCACCGCCAGACAUGGGGAUGGAGGACUGGGCCAGCAAGCACCUCAACAUGCACACACAAGGCCUGUUCAGAAGACGGGUCUCUAUCGCCAACAUGCUGUCAUGGAACCGUGGCUCCAUCAAAAAGCCGAUGCUUGUCACCAGCAACAGAGCUGUGAGGAAAGAGGCCUGCGAGAUGUUCAAACUGGUGCAGGCCUACAUGGGAGACAGACCUUCUCGUCUGGACCGCCGCCACAGCGCCCUGAUGAUCGUCACCAAGUGCUGGGACAUGCCGGGCCUGAGGGACGAGCUGUACGUCCAGCUGGUGAGGCAGACGACGGGAAACGCCAGCCCUCGGAGUUUGGCGGCUGGUUGGGAGCUGAUGGCCGUCAGCUUGGCCUUCUUCGCCCCCUCGCCUAAGUUCCGCUGCUACCUGGAGGGUUACAUCCAGAGACACACGGAGCCCACCAGCGACAAGAAAUGUGAGUCUCAGACAGAGCAACAGGUGACUCAGUUCAUAUUGGAACAACAGGAGCUGAAAAUAAAGAAAAACUCAAAGUCCAGGAAGAAGAGGAAACAGAACACAGAGGAUGAAGAUGGUUUGCCCAUCAGCACGUACGCCAAGUUCUGCCAUCGGAAACUGUUGAAGGUGGCAAUCACAGGAGGCAAAAAGGGUCUACGGAAGCCCACCUUGGAGGAAAUCGACCACAGCAGGCGGGCCAUCGUCACGCCCUCUCUUUUCGGGAGCUCCCUGGAGGAGGUGAUGGAUCGGCAGAGUGAGCUUUUCCCGGACAGGAAACUGCCCUGGGUGCAGGUUCAGCUCUCCCAGUAUGUGCUGGCUCUCGGUGGGGCUCAAACGGAGGGCAUCUUCAGGGUCCCCGGCGAUAUCGAUGAGGUGAACGCGUUGAAGCUGCAAGUGGAUCAGUGGAGAAUCCCGGAAAACCUGUCGGAUCCGAAUGUCCCCGCCUCGCUGAUGAAGCUGUGGUAUCGGGAGCUGGAGGAACCUCUCAUCCCCAUGAACUUCUACAAGCAAUGUGUCAGUAACUGUGAUGACCCAGUGGCUGCCAUCGCAGUGGUGCAAUCUCUGCCGGAGCUCAACCGGCUGGUGCUCUGCUACUUCAUCCACUUCCUGCAGGUGUUCGCUCAGCCAGCUAAUGUCGCCGUCACCAAGAUGGAUGUGAACAACCUGGCGAUGGUCAUGGCUCCCAACUGCCUCCGCUGCCAGUCCGACGACCCGCGCAUCAUCUUUGAGAACACGCGGAAGGAGAUGUCCUUCCUGAGGAUGCUCAUCGUCCACCUUGACACCACUUACAUUGAGGGCUUGGUUUAGUGGCAGCAGACCAACAAAAAACCCUCAAGUUGAGCCAGACCUAUCCGCACAGCAACAUCGAUCUGUUCUGCCGCACUGGAAUCUCCUGGGGUCACAACCAGACUCCUCUGUUAGAGGACAGAUUUCAGGUUUUUACUCACCGAGACACUAGAUGGAGCCAAAUAGUCCGAGUGAGUCUGUGACGCUGCAGCGAGCGCUUCACUGUUAUCACUGUAUUUUCCGACACCACAUCUACAAUGAGGUGGACCUGUUCAAUACUGUAUUUACUGUGGUAUUGUUCUGACAAAAACAAAAGUGUGUGCUUCUAUUUAAAACAGUCUUUCAGGCGUUCGUGUGGUUGUCUGUGUGAAGGUUGCUGAUGCGUGUGUCGGAACAGAUGUGGUGUGUGUGUGUUCAUUUAUCACAGUUCUCAAACUCCUGAGAAAAUAUUUGCAUUUCACACAGGGGUUCAUUUGCUAAAUUAAUCUUCACUUCAACUAGUCAAUCAACAUUUGAUCAUUGAACCUUUCUGUCUUAUCUGUGCUCCUUGCGUUUGUUUUUGUGGGGCUCAUGUUUGGUUAUUAAACAGGCCUUGGUUGUGACACUCACAAAGAGUCGGUCCUGCGAAACACACUGAGCUUGUUCGUGCCCUUGUAAAUAAAUCAGCUCUGUAAAUACUUUACAUCCUCCAAAACAGAGUGUUCUAAAGCUCCAUGUUGAAGGCAAAGUGACAUAUUUUCUUGUAUAGAGCAGACAGGAGUGUUGUUUUGUAAUGAAGAUGUACGGAUCUGCUGUAACAGCCUGCCUUGCGAACAUGACUCAAACCAUGUGUAUAUGUGUUCACUCAUCAUGUUCAGAUGCACAAUAACUGUCUGUGAAUAAAGCUCUGCUUAAUUGUA